AUUUCCCCAGGUGGGGAUUGCAGCAAGAAACUAGCGGCUGCUCCGAUGCGCUCGGUCGCGUUCAUGGCGAGGAGGAGAUGUGCUUUGAUGGACGAACAAACAGGAACAAGCCCAUGCCAAUGAUCAGCGGAAUCUUACUGGCACCAGUUCAACCACAUACUUUGCCACUGUGACAGUCAAUUCCUGCUCAAACUGGUCAUUUCCCGCAAUGCUAUUCAUGUCGACUCGGGAUCCAUAUCGUGGUCAUGCUGGACCGACGAAGUCAAACUCUGCAGUCGAGACCCCGCUGUACCUUACCGCAAGAUUUCGCGACGUCGCCGCCAUCUGUCAACCCGGGUGAACCGCUUAUCAAACGCGCGACAGCAUGAGACCUCACGCGGCGCGUCUGAGUACACUGUCUCGCAUCUGUUUCCGCAUCUCCCACCCAUCUCAGUUCAUCGAGAGGGGAGAAGCUACCCGCCCACCCUGAUUCAGUUCGGACGACAUAAGAACGUGGUGGCGAAGCGGGACUAAGUACCUUUCUUUCGCUUUCGCCAUGCACCGUCCAUUGACAUCUUCUUCUCUUUUCUAUAUGCUAUGCGGCCCGCGGCACAUCAAGCGGAUCGUCUUCUUCGGCCUUGGAUUAGCAUGUCUCAUUUCCUUUCUAAUCGUUAAGACUCCGCCAUCGACCAGGGCCGAUUACUUUGAGCGUGUUUUACAACGGAUGCAGCCCACACCUCCCCCGUCAUUGUCGAUCCCACUCAGAGCCGGUCUCAGCGCAAACAUGACUCUCCUCGCCCCUACUCUCUACCCGACGCAAUCGAGGAAAUGGAUCACGCGUAAUCAGAACACGACCGCGAACUUGUUUCAGUGUAUUGCGCUGGAUGAUUGUGCGCAGAAUCAGACCAAGGUCGUCAUCAUUGAGAGCCACCAUUUCCGCAUGUACCUGGAACGAGGAUGGUCCGGUGGUGAAGGUAUCUGGGCAGCGUCGAUGAUUCGUGCCUUCGAGAAUAUGGGAUACAGCAUCAUGUACUCGCAUGGGGGUCCCUCGACGAUUCAACUAUACCAAAUCUUCGAGAAGCUGGUUGUGAUGGUCAUCUGCGAAUCGACGGGUGUACUUGAGCUCGUGCAGUGGGGACUAGUGCGAGAUGCGGAGAAUCCGUCUGGAAUUCCUAUUUGGAAGAUUUUUGCUUUCGCUUGGUGGCCUGGAGGAGAACACCCACUUGGACCUCGGUGGACGCUCAACCCGGAAGAUUAUAUUCUCCUCGACAAGGGACUACCUCACAACUCGUACGUCGGAUACAGCAUCGAAGCCCAAUGCGCCCAGCAUCCGUUCAUUCCGCACGACGAGCGUAACGACGAAGCAUGGAUCCUCGCCAAGUCCAUCUCAUAUUUUGGCGCUGAUGUUCGUGCUUGGGAUCCCGAAGUUCUUGAUAUGGCUGGGGAACAUGCGCGGGUGUCCUUCUUUACAGGCGCUGGAGAUCCUAUUGCUGAAAUCCCGGUCGAUCCGGCCACAGUGGUGAUGAGUUCGCAUGUCAAGAACGUCGGGGUUCUGCCGCAGGAAGAGUUCUUCAACAGGCUCUCGCGGACGAAGGUUCUCAUCGGAAUGAGCAAUCCCGUGUUGUCUCCGACACCAUACGAUGCGCUUUGUCUUGGUGUGCCGUUCAUCAAUCCAAUUCUAGACUGGGACCGGUCUCGCCCUCACGAUCGUUCGAGCUGGCGCACCCAACAUGACAUGCUCAAGCUUUCCAGUCCGCCGUAUGUGUACAACGUCUUCAAGAACGACCGCGACGGCUUCGUCCAGGCAAUCAGAGAUGCCAUGGACCAUCCUAUUGAAAGCUAUGUUCCGGAAAACAUGAGGAUCGCGGCCGUCGAGCAAAGACUGGGUCGGAUAGUAGAGCAUGACUGGCGGGAAGAAGCUGUCAAGCUGAUGAAGACCCGCAAGAUGUCUGAUCCAGAACAGGUCCGGGCGCUGGCUCUUCCGUCAGACCAGCUGACUGACGAAUUCACAGGGAUGGCUUCAGCCGACUGUUCAAGUGACUUUGGGGGUAAAUCUACAUCGACGCUGCGAUUCUUCCUCAAUGGAUCACCCAUCGUUCUCGACGGCAAUUCGUUUGACCCCGACGCGACUCUGCUCGACUUCAUCCGAUCGCAGGGUCAGGGAUUCACGGGCACGAAGCUCGGAGCAGACAUCCACGGACCAGAGAAAUUCAGUCAACAUAUUACCCUGAACGCGUGCCUCGCACCGAUAAUAUCUGUCGAUGGGAAACAUGUCAUCACUGUCGAAGGUGUUGGAAGUCCUGAGAAUCCGCAUCCCAUCCAGGAAAGACUGUGGAAGCUGAGUGGGUCGCAGUGCGGUUUCUGCACGCCUGGUAUUAUCAUGUCUCUAUAUGCACUGGUCAGAAAUGCGGCAUACAAAGGCUCUCUGACUGCCGCGGAUAUCGAGCUCGAUGGCGUACUUGACGGCAACUUGUGCCGUUGUACUGGCUAUAAACCCAUCCUGGAUGCAGCCAAGACAUUUGUCGGCGAAUACACGGGGAAGUUGAAUAGCUCAGCUGACCCUGUGAUACCCAUCAACUUCGAAUCGGCCAACUUGGACCAUUCGGAUUGCUGCACGAAUCCUGGACCGUCAGAUGCCACAGCUGUGGGUUGUGGGCGAGCGGAUUGCUGCCAGCUCACCGGCGACGCAUCUGCCGAAGCAGCAACCUCGCCCAAGUUUCCCCGAUUCAAGCUCAAGCCUUACAAAGUUGGGACGGAGCUCAUCUUUCCUCCUUCCCUGGCCAAGACCGUCGCAUCCCCGCUUGCGUUCGGCUCCGGCUCGCGAAAGUGGCUGCGCCCGACGACGCUGGCAGAGCUUCUGGCCAUCAAGGCUCAGUAUCCAGAUGCCAGGCUCGUUGGCGGAUCAUCUGAGAUCCAGAUCGAAGUCAAGCUGAAAGCGGCGGCGUACCCUGUAUCGGUGUACGUCUCCGACAUCGUGGAACUCCAGGCCCCAGCAGUCAUCAACGCGCAAGGAAACUUUGAAUUCGGCGCGAACUUGUCUUUGGCUGAGCUAGAAGUUGCGUGUAAGCGACUAUGCGGCGAAUUGGAUUCUGGAUUACAAGGGCCGAUUGAAGCAAUCAAGACCCAGCUGCGGUACUUUGCGGGACUGCAGAUCCGCAAUGCGGCUUCGGUGGGUGGCAAUAUCGCCACUGCGAGUCCCAUCUCGGAUUUGAAUCCAGUGUGGGUUGCGACGGAGUCGUAUGUCAUCGCUGCCAGUCCUGAUAACGAGGCGUUGGAGCUGCCACUGUCCACCUUCUUCACUGGGUACCGUAGGACGAUGCUGCCUCGUGACGGGGUUUUGGUGAAGGUGGUCGUUCCGUUGAACAAGUCGAGUGAUAUUGAGGUUGUGAGAGCUUACAAGCAGGCCAAGCGGCGAGACGACGAUAUCGCUAUUGUCACUGCGUGCAUGGUCAUGCGUGUGUCGUCUGGCACCAUAACCCACGCUCGACUGGCUUAUGGUGGAAUGGCACCCACCGUGGUUUCCGCGCUCAAGACACAAGAGUAUCUCGUCGGCAAAGCAUUUUCGCAAGAGACUUUCGAGGCUGCACUCGACAUCUUGAGCAACGAAAUGCACCUUCCGUUCGACGUCCCUGGCGGAAUGGCUUCCUAUCGAAAGACGCUCGCACUCAGUUUCUUCUUCAAGUUCUGGACCUCCGUCGGAGAACAAACGAAUGUGUCGGCAGCUUCGGAUCUGGACAUCACGUCGCUCAUCCAUCGCCAACUGAGCUCAGGACGACACGACAACAGCGAUCCGUACGCGCAAGAAGUUGUCGGGAAGCAGGAGCCUCAUAUGUCGGGUCUCUUGCAAGCGACGGGCGCGGCGGUCUAUGUCGACGACAUGCCGAAAGUGGGCAACGAGCUAUACGGGGGACUGGUUUUGUCCAGUCGGGCACAUGCGAAGAUCAUCUCGGUCGAUGCCAGUGCAGCAUUGGAGAUGGAGGGUGUCGUGAGCUGGGUCAGCUAUCAAGACCUGCCCAACGAGCGUGCCAAUUACUGGGGCGGUGGUCCUGCGCUCGACGAGGUGUUCUUCGCUGUGGACGAAGUGCAGUCACACGGCCAGCCCAUUGGAAUGAUCGUCGCGCAGAGCAAGAUCCUCGCUCAGAAGGCCGCCAGAGCUGUCAAGAUCGAGUACGAGGACCUUCCCAGGAUACUGACCAUCGAGGAGGCGCUCGAGCAAGGCUCCUUCAUUCCUGGAUACGACAGGUUCAUCCGCCGAGGACAGCCGGUGGAAGAAUCGCUUGCCAAGUGCGAUCAUGUCCUCGAAGGCAGCACCCGUCUCGGUGGGCAGGAACACUUUUACCUCGAGACCACGGCCGUGCUCGUCGUCCCGAAACUGGAGAGCGGAGAGAUGGAUGUCUACCUGUCGACCCAGAAUCUGGCGGGCGCUCAGCGCUGGGUCGCCUCGGCAACAGGCGUGCCGCGGAACCGGAUCGUCGCACAUGCGAAACGAUUGGGCGGUGGAUUCGGCGGGAAGGAGACCCGCACCUCGCACAUAGCCGCUAUCACUGCGGUCGCUGCCAAGAAGCUCCGUCGUCCUGUUCGCAUUAUGCUCGACCGGCAAGAGGAUAUCAUGACCUCGGGGCAACGUCAUCCCUGUCUCUCGAAGUGGAAGGUUGGAUUCUCCAAAGAGGGGAAGCUGCAGGCAUUGUCGGCUGACUUUUGGGUCAACGCUGGCCACUCGAGUGACAUUAGUGGUGGUGUCUGUGAUCGAGCCCUGGCGCAUAUUGAAAACUGCUAUUACAUUCCCGACGUCGAUGUCCGCGGCAAGUUGUGUAAAACAAAUACAGUUUCGAAUACGGCUUUCCGUGGAUUCGGGGGACCUCAAGGGAUGUUGGUGGCAGAGCACUACAUUGAGGCAAUCGCUGACAAACUCAAUCUGGAUAUCGACCAUGUGCGACAAAUCAACCUGUAUAAGGAAGCCGAGAAGACCCCAUACCACCAGAAGGUGCUUGACUGGCACGUGCCGCGUAUGCUGGGAGACUGCAAGCGAGAGAGCCGCUACGAAGAACGCAAAGCUGCGGUGGACAAGUUCAAUGCUGAGCACAAGUGGAGGAAGCGGGGGAUCGUUCUGGUGCCGACCAAGUUUGGGCUUGCUUUCGGUGUCCAAGCGAUGAACCAGGGAUCAGCGCUGGUGCAUGUCUAUACUGACGGGAGCGUACUGGUCGCUCAUGGGGGUGUCGAGAUGGGCCAGGGACUGUACACCAAGUGCUGUCAAAUCGCAGCUCAGGAACUGCGUGUCCCGCUCACGGAUGUGUUUACGUCCGAGUCGGCCACGAGCACCGUCCCGAAUACUGUUCCCACUGCAGCAUCUGCUGGCAGCGACUUGAACGGUUAUGCUGUGUACAACGCCUGUGCGGAGAUCAACCGACGUAUCGAGCCGUAUCGCCAGAAACUCGGGCCGGAUGCGAGUCUGGCAGCGCUGGCCAACGCGGCAUGGGGGGACCGAGUGUCAUUGAGCGCAACGGGGCACCAUUCGACGCCCGAUCUGGGAUACGAGUGGAACAACCCGAAUGAGACGGGGAAUCUGUUCCACUACUUUACGCAGGGCGUCUGUGCAACGGAGGUCGAGGUGGACACGCUCACUGGAGAUCACACGGUCUUGCGGGUUGACAUUAACAUGGAUGUGGGAAAGAGCUUGAACCCGGCGAUCGACUACGGUCAGAUCGAGGGGGCUUUCAUCCAAGGCCAAGGGCUGUGCACAAUCGAGGAAUCCCUCUGGCUCAACUCGGGGGCCAUAUUCACCACUGGCCCCGGCGCAUACAAGAUCCCCGGGUUCUCGGACAUCCCGCAGACGUUCAACGUGUCGCUCCUGAAAGACGCCGAGUGGCCGAACCUCGGGUCGAUCAAGGCCAGCAAGGGCGUCGGCGAGCCCCCGCUGUUCCUCGGGUGCUCCGUUGCGCUGGCGAUCCGUGCGGCGCUCAAGUCGGCUCGAGCGGAUGCGGGCGUGGCGGAGAUGCAGGAGUUCCGGCUGCCGAUGACCAGCGAGCGCAUCAGGAUGGCGUGCGCGGACUUUUUGGUGAAGAAGGGGAGUGUACGGCAGGAGGAAGGGCAGAAGGGGUUCUUUGUACACAUCUAGUUGUAUGUUCUUUUCGUCUGAUCUCUUGGAAGAGACGGCUCAUGUUAUCCUCAUUAUCAUGUC